AUGGGACGCGCGCUGCGCGGGGCAGCCCGGGGCGCGCCGCUGCCGCUUCCGCCGCUGCUGCUGCUGCUGGCGCUCCCGCGGGCGCCGAGCGACGCGGCGGCCCCCCAGAGCGCGCCCGCCGGCGCUGCGCCCUUGCGCUGCAACGUCAGCCUGGACAGCGCGCCGGAGCACCGCUGGGACGCGGCGCUGCGCCUCUUCGACCCGGACUUCCUGCGCGCCGCCUUUUUCCGGAUCCUCGAUUUAGCAGUCCCCGAGAAGGUUCAUGCAAUUCUUCGGCCCAUAGCUGAAGAACUAGCAUUCAGCAUCCACCAGGAGUAUGCAGGAGAGAUUCGGGGACUCAGCAACGCCCUGGGGCUAAAUGUUGGGGACGGACUCCUACUCAAUCUGGCCUAUGAGUACAGUGCGUUUUGCACAAGUAUCAUUGCACAGGAUAAAAAUGGAAAUAUAUACCAUGGCCGCAAUAUGGAUUAUGCUUUUGGAAGUAUUUUACGCAAGGUUACCAUUGAAGUGGACUUCUUACAGAAUGGGAAGGUGAAGUUCAAGGGCACUACCUUUUUUGGUUAUGUUGGCUUAUGGACAGGACAGAGUCCACAGAAGUUCACCAUCACUGCGGACGAGCGAGACCGUGGUAGCUGGUGGGAAAAUGUAAUAGCUGGUUUGGUGCAACGAAAUAGUCCGGUCAGCUGGCUUAUCAGGACUACUUUGACUAAAGCAGAAGACUUUGAGGCUGCAUCAUUUAUGCUGGCCGAGACGCCGAUUAUAGCAGAUGUCUACUACAUCAUCGGAGGUACCACUUCCCGGGAGGGAUUGGUCAUCACCAGGAAGAGGAGUGGCCCUGAGGAUAUUUGGCCCUUGGACCCUUCAACCGGAGGUUGGUACCUGGUGGAGACGAACUAUGACCACUGGACCACCCCACCUCCGUCUGAUCUUCGAAGGAUUGCAGCCAUGAAAGCACUGAAUGCCACUGGACAAGCCAAUAUUAACCUCGAGACUCUCUUCGAGGUACUGUCAGUACCGCCAGUUCUGAACGUGUUCACCAUUUAUACCACUGUCAUGAGUGCUGCAGCGCCAAGCAAUUACACGACACGGAUAAGGACCCUGGAAUAAAUGGAAAGGGAAGAAAGAUCCCUUUUGAAAAACCAAAGGCUGGACUGUCUAUGCCAUGCAUCCAGAGGAUAAAAGCAUCAAGACGGGUCUCGUGCUUGGAAUUCACCAUCCUGAAAUAAAUCUGCAACAAAUAACUCCUAAUCCCUAGUGAUAUGAAGAUAGCACAUUGAUGAUAUCUGGUGAAAGGUCAGAAACAGGAAGAGAGAAUUUGGCCAGGCCUGGAUGUCCAGGAGUAAGAGGCACAUUCUGCCAUUCUCAGCCACCUCCCCAGUGAUUGGUAAAUAGGAGUGUGGAUUCUGCAGAAAUGGAUAGGCUUUCCUCAUCCCCAGAGGUUUCGGAAGCGAAGACUUCCUGGUGCUGAAUCCGGUUACCAUGCCACCCAAUUCGUUUCAUCUUUUCAUGACCUUUCUAGCAGGUAGUGCCCGCAAGGUGUGUGAUGCAGCCCCCUUGCUGAAGCCAAGCCAAUGCGUGCCUGAUCAUUACCUGAGCAAGAGCCUGCACCUGUGCGGCCUUGGUGUGCACAGAAGGAGGGCUGGACAGGGGUGAGAUGACGCCGAGAGCGCAGAAUUGCAGCAGGAGGGAAUAAGGGUGAGUGCUUGCCGGAAGUGACCCAAGCAGCCACCGCCCCAGCACUGCUCCUGUUCUCAGGCUGCUGAGGAGCUAGAAAAUGCGGACGCAGCAGAGGGCGUGAGGGAAGCCUCGCUGGUGCACAGAGCCUUUCUCCUCAGCUCACGAAGAGGGGCACCAGCAGUAGCCCAGCGAUCCCCCAACUGUACGCAGCUUGUGCUGCAGUGUCCCCAGACCCAGGGACCCCCAGAUGUGUUGGAUAGACAAUUCCCAGAAUCCCCCAGCCAGCAUAAAUGGUCAGCCUAGCACACGGAUUUGUUCUCCGACUUCAGUGCCUUAGUUCUGGUGUUCAAAAGACCUUUUUAACUAAAGCGUUGAUGCUGUAUUUUAACCAGCCCCACCACUGUGCCUCUGCGACAGUCUGCUUGCAGCUGCUGUGGUCUUCUUUUCUGUCUUUUCUGUUGUGUGUUUUUAACUUGGUUAACCACCCAGAGAGCUUUGGCUGUUGGGUGGUAUAAAAUGAAGGAAAUGAACAAAUGAACCGUUAAUCAUGAAUUGCAUUUUUUCUAAAAUGUUUCACAUGUUAGUCCUCAGAUGAUUAAAUUACAGGGCUUGGCUGCCGCUUACUGGUAGAGCACUUGUUUUGCACGCAGAAGCUCCAGGAUUCGGCCCCGACACCUGCAGAUGGGGCUUGGAAAGAAACCCAGGAAAGCCCCUGCUGCAGUCGGUGCUGACGGCACAGGCCUUGAAGACCCCGGAGUCUGAUCAGCUGCUCCUUGUGUAUGCUUUGCUGCUGUUCUUGGAACCAAAUAUUGGAUGAGAGCCUUGAAAUAAAGUGACUUUCUCCCUGUU